AUGCCGUCCAAGCUGCGUGGCAAACUUGAUGAGAUGUUAAUUCCAUCAGAAGAAAUGAAAAAAGCCACAUACCGGAGCAUUAGUCGCGCGUGGGAGGAGUACGCAGCCGGCGGCGAGAACCCUAGCGCUUUCAUGCGAUCACCGACUGGAGCGCCUUACAAGAUAGUCUCCAUCGAAGGCAAAGGCCGCGGUGUCGUUGCAACCCGCGACAUCAAAGCUGGCGAGAUCGUUCUGCAGGAGUCACCCGUCCUGAUUAUGCCACACCCCGAUUUUGUGCCGCUGAUCUUCCUCCUCUUACCCAAGGAGGCCCUGGAAGCUAUCUUGCUCUUGCAUAACGCGCGACCUAACGAAAUGCGGUUUACGAAGGAAAGAGGAGACAACGCCCACAACCGGCUCCUAGAUACACUCAUGGGUUGCGUGAACUCUAAUUCAUUCAAGGGUGAGGCUUCAUUUGGUCCAAUUGGAAUGGUUCUUUUGACUGGAUCCAUGUUCAAUCACGAAAGCAACUCAAACGUCAGGAGGCAUUGGGAUCAGCAGCUGGAGCAGAUGGUGUUCAAGACCGUUCGAGAUGUCAAGGAGGGCAAGGAGUUCACGGUCCAUUACUCCGACUCUGCAGAGGAUCUGAAGAAGUACGGUAUCUGA